GGUAUUAUCGUCUUUUCCGGUUCAAUGAAUGUGUAUAUAGUUCCUUCGUUUUCGCCUAUCAACGCGUUGCCUUUCAGCAAUCGAAUUUGAUUGAGAUUUUUAUUUUGAAGCAGAAGCCGAAGGGGUUGCAGUUGACGAUGGCUGUUCCUGACAAGGACCCAAGAGAGGAAGUGAUUCAGGCAUGGUAUAUGGAUGAUAGUGAUGAAGAUCAGAGACUUCCUCAUCACCUUGAACCAAAGCAAUAUUUGUCCCUCAGACAACUUGACGAACUUGGAGUUCUGAGCUGGAGGCUAGAUGCAGACAUAUAUGAAACAGAUGAGGAAUUGAAGAAGAUACGUCGUGAUCGUAAUUACUCCUACAUGGAUUUCUGUGAGGUCUGCCCAGAAAAGCUUCCUAAUUACGAAGAGAAGAUUAAAAACUUUUUCGAGGAACACCUUCACACUGAUGAGGAGAUCCGUUAUUGUGUGGCUGGGAGUGGUUAUUUUGAUGUUAGAGAUCUAAAUGACAAAUGGAUUCGCAUUUGGGUAAAGAAGGGAGCAAUGAUUGUCUUGCCUGCAGGAAUUUAUCAUCGCUUUACUCUGGAUUCUGACAAUUACAUCAAGGCUAUGCGGCUCUUUGUUGGUGAUCCUGUCUGGACUCCUCACAACCGUCCCAAUGAUCAUCUUCCCGCAAGGAAGGAGUAUCUCAAAAGUUUUGUGGAGAAGGAAGCUGGUAAUCAAGCCGUUGACGCUGCAGCUUGAAAUUUCCCUACUUGAGCGUCCAGAGGUUGAAAUCAAGUCUUGGGCUAUCGAUAGAUGUUACUAUUUGUAUUGUCGGGUAUGCAUGUCCUUUCUUGGAUAUAUCCAUGGGUUGUCAUGCUUUGCUAGCAAUGCCUUGCUUAUGCGAAAACUUGAAUAUUUAUGCUCGGUGUUUUUCGUGUACUGUCUCUGAAAUAUAUGUAAUUUUAGCGUAUGAUAUAGAUGGAAUAAACAAAUCGGGAGUCAUUGCGCAUAUUUUGCCCGAUUAUCCGGGUAAUUCUGGUUUUGCUUGCAAA